AUGGUAUCUCACCAGCGAAAGCCGAUGACCCACGCUGCUCUGCCGAAUCACCCAGCAGACUCUGAGCUAGGAGCCAGCAUGGAGGCACCAUCUACCAGACACCUACCUGCAAAGGUCCCCCUGAAGAUCCGACCAUUCGGAAGAGCAAGAGUCCGGUACUGCAAACCCCUCUCAACCUGGCCGGGUCAGUGGCGCUGGGAGCCCACGGGCUCAGGAAACAGCCAAGUCUGCACUUCAACGAGCAUGGGCCACAAGGGAAAACUUGGAGGAACAACAAGCUGCCACGGAACACAGCGAGUACCCACCAGUGAUGCCUGA